AUGGCGUCCUCUCACAUCCUCCUCCUUGCCGCGAUCCUCCUGGCCCUGGCUUCUGCCCAGGCAAGUGGCCAAAGCAUGCCGCCUUCACCGGCAACAGCCGCUCGUGGUGGCAAUUGCACGUUGAAUGGCGCAGUCACGCUUGGAGUGUGUCUUAAACUUCAACAGGGUAGGACAAGCACGGCCGACGAGAACCAGUGCUGCCAUCGGAUCCAGGGGAUGCAGACCGACUGUCUGUGCUUGGCCUUCCACCUGGGUAGUGGCCUUAUCGGCGGCAUUCCCGAUGGCGUCAAUUCCGUGCUCGGCGUCUGUGGCAUGGCCCGCAUCCCCAACUUGGUUUGCCUGGUGGCCUCUGGAACGGUCUGA